AUGGCUGCCAUUCCUCAUUCCUUCUCUCCUUCUCGAACCACCUGCGCUUCUCUCCUCCGUCAAUUGCAGAUGAUAUGGGAUGAGAUUGGGGAGGGUGACAGUGAUAGAGACAAUAUGCUUCUUCAACUGGAGAAAGAAUGCCUUGACAUUUAUCACAGAAAGGUUGAGGAAACGAGAAAGCACAAGGCUGAUUUAUAUCAGUCGUUGGCUGAUGCUGAAGCUGAAGUCACCAAUCUUGUUUCUUCUCUCGGGGAAUCUACCUUGUUCUCACGGGGGAAGGGCUCUCUUAAGCAGCAAUUGGCUACAAUAAAACCUGUCUUAGAGGACUUGAGGUCAAAGAAGGAUGAUAGAAUCAAGGAAUUUUCAAAGAUAAAGUCCCAAAUUUCUCAGAUAUGUGCUGAAAUAGCAGGCUGUGAGCAGUCAAAAAGUGUCACAGAUCCAGAAGUUGAUCAAUGUGAUCUGACAGUGAAGAAAUUGCGGGAUCUCAAAUCACAUCUCCAAGAGCUUCAGAAUGAAAAGAUCUUGCGCCAGCAGAAAGUGAAGAGUCAUAUCAGUAUUAUUUGCGACCUUUCAUUAGUAAUGUCAAUUGACUUUUGGAAGACAUUAAAUGAAAUUCACCCAAGCUUGGGUGAUUCAUUAAAAGGUACACCACAAAGCAUCAGCAACGACACUCUUGCCAGAUUAACUGCGGUUAUUCAUUCAUUAAAGCAGGAGAAGAUACAAAGGCUACAAAAGGCACAAGAGCUUGCUAAAUUCCUGGUAGAGCUGUGGGAUCUUAUGGAGACUCCAAUUGAUGAUCGAAAGGCCUUUAGCCAUGUUACUAGACUAAUUUCAGCAUCAGUUGAUGAAGUGUCAACACAAGGGUGCCUUUCUGCGGAUGUCAUUGAGCAGGCUGAGAUUGAAGUUCAGCGCUUAAAUGUUUUGAAAGCCAGUAAGAUGAAGUAUUUAGUGUUUAAGAGACAGAAUGAGCUUGAAGAGAUCUACAGAGGAGUUCACAUGGAUGUGGAUAGUGAAGCCGCUAGACAGAUUCUGACUAGCCUCAUAGAAUCUGGUAAUAUUGAUGUGUCUGAAUUGCUUCAAAGCAUGGAUGAUCAAAUCAGAAAGGCCAAGGAGCAAGCUCUAAGCAGAAGAGAUAUCUUAGAUAGGGUUGAGAAAUGGAAAUUCGCAGCUGAAGAGGAAAAAUGGCUAGACGAAUACGAAAGGGAUGAAAAUCGAUAUAGUGCCGUACGAGGAGCACACAAAAAUUUGAAGCGUGCGGAGAAAGCAAGAAUUCUUGUCAACAAGAUACCAUCUAUUGUUGAGAAUUUGACUGCAAAAGUAAAAAACUGGGAACUGGACAAAGGAAUACCUUUCUUAUAUGAAAAGGUUCCAUUGUUACAUAGCUUGGAUGAAUUUAAUGUACAGCAGCAACUGAGAGAAGAGGAGAAGCGCAAAUAUCGGGAGCAGAAACGGCAGCAGGAACAACAUGCUGUAGAGCAAGAAGCACUUUUUGGUUCAAGGUCUGCUACAAAGAAGCCUCUGGGUCAGAGCACAAAUGCUAACACUCCAGUUGGGACACCAAUUGGGCGGCGAAUGCUAACUCCUUCAAGCCGUUAUGGAACCUUGGGUGGAAAGGAACGUGGAGAAAGUGGCAGAGUGAAUAACAUAGCUCCAGUGAACUAUGUUGCUCUUCCUAAAGAUGAUUCUAUUUCUAGGGGCAGUUAA